AUGGCAGCAGACUACAGCACCGUCCCGUCCAAUGCAGUCAAGAUCCCGGAACCAUUCCGCAUUGAAAUUCCAGAGCAACAGCUUGGAGAGUUCAAGACGCAGCUGAGAUUGUCGAAGAUCCCCAUGCGAACAUACGAGAGUACGCAGGAAGAUGGAAGAUUUGGAAUUAGCCAUAAAUGGAUGAUGGAGGCGAAGAGGUUUUGGGAGGAGCGGAAGAGCGAAGAUUAUAUCAACUUCUUCCCCAACUUUAUCGCAACAGUCCAUCUGCCUGUCGAGAAAGAGAUAUCCAAAGUGCAUUUCGUCGCUCUAUUCUCUCACAAACCCGAUGCUGUUCCGAUCACUCUAUUCCAUGGCUGGCCAGGCUAUGCCUUCUCCUCCCACCCACCAUUAACACACGGUUUCAAUUGCACUGAUGUUUCCGACAUCAUGAACCAACUCAUGCUGGAUCUUGGAUUUGGGCCGUCAGGCUAUCUGGCCCAGGGAGGUGAUCUUGGGAGCUUUGUGGCGAGAGGUUUGAGCACGGAGCAUGAGGCGUGUAAAACAAUCCACGUAAAUUUCUACAUAGCUCCUACCCUUACUACAGCCCCCGAAGGAAUCCCCUCUGAACCCCCGCUUUCUGAUAAGGAGCAAGCAGGUCUUCAGCGGGGCGCGGAAUUCCUGGAAAGAGGAGCAGCAUAUUCGAUGGAGGACGGUACAAGACCUAGAACAAUUGGAAUCGUGCUGGGUUCCAGCCCGCUCGCAUUAUUGGGGUGGAUAAGGGAAAAGCUCCUGUCAUGGACCAAUGUGCCGCUGUCUAUGGACGAGAUUUUGCGUUCUGUGACCUUGUAUUGGUUUACAGGGGAUUUAUCAGUAUCGGACUUGACCACUUUCCUGGGAUGGGGGCGGAGAGAUAAUAUGUGA